AAGUACAGUAUAUGUUUUCUGUUUUCAUUUAAAAUCUUACUUGCUCUUCUGUCAUCUGUUUCUCCUGUUCUCUACUUUCUGAAGAUGAUAACAUGCCUGCAGAAGUGUUGAUGAUAUUGUAGAGAUGUUUUUUAAAAACACUUUCCACUUGAAGUCCUUGUCCUUGUAUCUUGUACUUUUCUUAACUGACUCUGUGUGGCCAGGAAUUCCAAAUUCCAUGAUGUCAUAAUGGGUGAAAGCUGAUUGGUUGAGAGAGUCUCUGUGUCAGAGUGAUGAAUUUAAAGACCGUGCUUAUUAAUUAUGUGGGGUUUUAUGCUCUUGGUUCCUGGUUUUCAUGUUUUGAGGUCAGUCUAAAAAAUGCAAUCAUUUUCUGAGUCCUAAAAAAAUCUGCUAAAAAAGUGGACAUCCGCUUGUAUUUAGAGACAAUCUCCUCCGGUCAGAACAUCGCAGUCUGUUUAUCAAGCCUUAAAGCACAUGUACACUUGGGGAAGAAGUGGCGAUUUGGCUGCCCAACAGAGGGUGCCAAAUAAGAAAAGUCAACAGCCUUCAACUGGGAAGAACAACCAGAUCUUCUGCACAGCAAUGCAAACUAAUUGUCUUUAAAUAACAUAUGUUAUUUGAAGCUUUUCAUGGAUAUGGAAUAGUUUUUUAGUAGUUUUAGUGUUUUUUAGUAGUUUAGCAGCCAUUGACUUCCAUUGUAUUUUUUUUUUUUUGUUGUUUUUUUAAUAUAUAUAUAUAUAUAUACUUCAACUGUUUGCUUACCAGCAUUCUUCACAGUAUCUUCUUUUGUGUUCAACAGAAGAAAGAAACUCAUACUAGUUUGGAACAACUUGAGGGUGAGCAAAAAAUGACAGAAUUUACAUUUUUGGGUAAACUGUCCCUUUAAAUGCAAUGACUCUAUACUGACUGUGUCUUAUGAAUUACUGUAGUGUUUUGUGGCGGCCUCCUGCUGGCACAUGGAGCACCUUGGCAUUUCUAUUUCAGUUGUGGAGAGUCCUGGUCUUUUUACACAGCUAUCCUUUCUGAUGGCUGCGGUCACGGCCCCAUGCCAGUGACCUACACAACCAGCCGCAAACUCUGGUUCAUUGCUGUUUAAAAUGUGUUACCUGAGGACCCUCAGACGUCAUCAUCAGAACUCAUUCACCAUGGGUCACUUAACCUCUGCAUUACUGAGGGGUCUCUCUCUCCUGCUGGUGACCCGGAGUGUGUUCGCCAUGGUGCUGUUUAAUGCCACAGAUCUCGGCAUUCUCUUGGAGAAGUACCUGGAUGAUGAUGAUGGAGACUGGGUGGUGGAGAGACAGCGAAGCAAGAGGGCCAUCACUGCCAGUGACAUGCAAGCAAUCCUGGACCUCCACAACAAACUCCGGGGGCAGGUCUACCCACCGGCUUCAAAUAUGGAAUACAUGGUGUGGGACACUGAACUGGAGCAGAGUGCUCAGGAAUGGGCCGAGACCUGCCUGUGGGAACAUGGCCCAGCUGGCCUGCUGCCUCAGAUUGGUCAGAACCUGGGAGUGCACUGGGGAAGAUACCGUCCACCUACUUCUCAUGUACAAGCCUGGUAUGAUGAAGUCAAAGACUACUCGUUCCCAUACCCCCAAGAAUGUAACCCUCACUGCCCUUUUAGGUGCAGUGGUCCAGUCUGUACCCAUUACACUCAGCUUGUUUGGGCAACUAGUAGUCGAAUUGGCUGUGCGAUCAAUGUGUGCUACAACAUGAAUGUGUGGGGCCAGAUCUGGGCAAAGGCUGUUUACCUUGCGUGCAACUACUCACCAAAGGGUAACUGGUGGGGAUAUGCCCCAUAUAAGCAUGGCACCCCUUGCUCUGCCUGCCCACCCAGCUAUGGAGGAAUGUGCAAAGAAAACCUCUGUUAUAAAGGUGAUGGAACAAAUAGACAAAACCCACAUGAGGAAACAGACGAAAGAAAUUCUAUAGAACCAGAGGCCCCUCAUAGCCCUGGGCCCCGUUUACAGUCCCCAAGUCCAACCAGACGCCCAAACGCAGUUGUGAGCAAAGAGCAGAUGUCCCAGAUUGUGACAUGUGACACAAAGCUAAGAGACCAGUGUAAAGGCACCACAUGCAAUAGGUACGAGUGUCCUGCUGGUUGUUUAGACAGCAUGGCAAAAGUGAUUGGAACAGUGUAUUAUGACAUGCAAUCCAGUAUUUGCCUGGCAGGCAUUCAUUACGGUGUCAUUGACAAUGAUGGAGGCUGGAUGGAUGUCACAAGACAGGGCAGAAAGGACUUCUUCAUCAAAUCAUACAAAAAUGGACUUCAAUCCCUUGGGAAAUACCAGAGUGCCAAUGCCUUCACAGUAUCCAAAGUUACAGUAAAAGUUAUCACAUGUGAGACUACAGUUUCUGCACUGUGCCCUUACCAGAAGCCUGCAAGACACUGUCCAAGGAUUUACUGUCCUCGGAACUGCCUGCAAGAAAAUCCCCACCUUUCUCGAGUCAUUGGCACCAAAAUGUAUUCAGAUAAAUCUAGUAUAUGCAGAUCUGCAAUUCAUGCCGGCGUUUUAAGAAACGAAUCAGGUGGUUACGUUGACGUGAUGCCCACAGACAAUAGGAAGCUGUACAUUUCCUCGUACCAGAACGGCAUAGUCUCAGAAAGCCUGCAGAACCCCGCGGGAGGCAAGGCAUUCAGGGUAUUCGCAGUUAUUUGAGCGUGUGCUGAAAUCGCGGUCACACAUCGACUCGGUCUGUUGAUUAGGCUGUAAUAGUGGCUCAUUGUGAGGCCUUUUCUGCUCUAACCAGCCUGUGCUGUGUUUUCUAUCACACGAAUGUUGACUGAACUAAGUAUUUGCUUUAUAGAUGGAGACCCUUUCCAAUGCAUCAAGCUGAUUAGCCAUUGUAUUGCCUAAAAAGCAUGUAAUUAGAGGAUCAUUCAGGGAAUAUGGUGUCUGUAUUGCAGAGAAAAAAAGCACUUAAGGAGUUUUAAUCUUCUGUUAUUGUUGUAAAGAACAUUUUAGAGACUGUUAGCUUUUUAGUUUCAUUACAUGUUGAAGAAGUUCUCAUUCAUUUACGGAUUUUUCUUUUUUCACGAUGUAUUUAUUUUUAUAUAUUUUUUGCUUUAGGGCAAGAACGGACUGCUGAUAUGGUUUUUUGAGUAUAAUUAAGAAUAUGGGUAUAAUCCUGCAGGGCAGGAUAUUACAUCUAAAAACAUCCAACCAAACAUAAUAUGAAACGUCCACAUCGUUAAACACUGUAAAUAGCUUGUCUAUAGUAUUAAUUCUAAUGAGGUGCUGUAUACAUAGGUAUUGUGUACUGUCUCAGAAAAACAACUGUAUUAUGAUUUAAUGAUUUCGUGGGUUCCCAAAAACCUUUAUAUUAUGUCCAAAUGAAUUUGAGGUGCUUUUUGUCAUUCCUUAAAGGGAUAGUUCACCCAAAAAUUCUGUUAUCGUUUACACACCCUGAAGUUGUUCCAAACCUGUAUGAAUUUUGUUCUUUUGCUGAACACAGAAGAUAUUUUGAAGAAUGUGGGUAAGCAAACAGUUGACGGUAGCCAUUGACUUCUGUAUGGAAGUCAAUAGUUUAUGAGAACUUUGGUUGACGUUCUGGCAAGGUUCUCAUAAAGUUAACAUUACUUCAAAAAUGUUUGCUCUUAAUAUAAUGUUUGUUCAGAGUUAUCUGAUGUUUAGUAAUGUUCUCAAAACAUUAGCACAAAAGUGUUAUCUAUACAUUGUGGAAUCUUUUAUUUCUGGAACGUUCUGUACGUUCAUCUAAUGGUUUUUAAAUGUUACUACUUGUUUCAGAACGUUGUUUCAGCAGCUAUUUUAGUCAUGCAAGUGACUUUUUUCUGCUUAAAGGAAUAGUUCACCAAAAAAAAAUAAUAAAUCAUCAUUUACUCAACCUCAUGUCGUUCCAAAACUGUACAAGUUUCUUUAAUAUGUUGAACGCAAAAGAAUAUAUUUUGAAGAAUUCUGAAGAACCAAACAGUUUUUGGUCCCCACUGACUUCCAUAGUAGGGAAAGAAAUACUAUGGAAGUAAAUGGGGACCAUCGUCUUUCUGAUUAUCAGCAUUCUUCAAAAUGUCUUCUUUUAUGUUUAACAUAAGAAAGAAACAGGUUUAGAACGACACGAGGGUGAGUAAAUGAUGACCAUUUUCAUUUUUGGGUCAGAACUCUUUGAAUCAGACAUACAGUAUAUGUCAAAAAAAAGAUUAAGAUGGGCACUUUACACGGUCCUUCACAAUGUCUGUUAUAAUGGCCUAAUGUAAGCAUAUGAUUGUGUAUAUUUGUGUUUUCUACCUCACAUUGUUUAAAAACAUUUCACAAUAAACUUCAGUAAU